CUCUCUCUCUCUCUCUCUCUCUCUCUCUGCAUCCGGCUGCUGCUUCCUCCACAAACCUCUCCAAUUCCACCGUAGACGACGACAGAGCCAAAAGGUCAGGGGAAAUUGGGCUAUGCCCUCACCAAUCUUCCAUAUAUAUAGGGCACAGGAGGCAUCGUCUCGUUCAUUCCAUCUCCUGCAUCUUUGCUUUCCUUCCUCGCCCUAGAUCUCACCUUUGCGACGGCAAGGUAGGCGCUUGGAGAUCAGAGAAAUGUCAACCCAGUUUGCAUCCGAGCAUGUCUGCUAUGUCAACUGCAACUAUUGCAACACCAUCCUGGUGGUGAAUGUGCCAAACAAUUGUUCCUACAACAUCGUGACUGUUAAAUGUGGGCAUUGCACAAUGGUGCUCUCAAUGGACCUUAGUCCUUUCCACCAGGCACGCAUUGUUCCAGACAACCAGGUUGCCCAGACCAGAGGACUUCAUCAAUACAAUAAUUUUGGGAGCUAUGAGCCAGCCUCCAGAAAUCUACGAAAUCAGUCCAUGUACCAGAUGUCAAACAAUCAGCCACAAGUGCCACCAAUGCGACCCCCAGAGAAGAGACAGCGUGUUCCGUCAGCAUACAACAGAUUCAUCAAGGAAGAAAUACAAAGGAUAAAGACCAGCAAUCCAGAGAUUAGCCACAGGGAGGCAUUCAGUGCUGCGGCAAAGAAUUGGGCUCAUCUUCCUCGGCUCCAUUUCGGCCUGAGUGUCGCCGACGGUGGCGGCGGCAGCAGCUAGAUCAUCGCUGAUGCUAUUGCUUGCUACAUGUCAAGAAGAUCGAUCGACGGCGCUGCGUACGUGUGCUGACGAUCGAUCGAGAACUCUUCACCAGCUUAUAUAUAAAAGCUGUGCUACAUGUAUUCGGCUACCGGGUUUGUGUAAGUUUUUAAGUGUGGAUUAGCUGGUGAUAAUCUGUAUUUUCGGAGCUAGCUGUGUGCGUGCACAUGCCCUGCGUUCAGCAGUGAUGGACGCGCACACACUACGCUUCACCAAGGGCUUCAUAUAUGCAUGCAUGCUGGAGAUUAUCUAUAUUGCUAAAUAAAUGGAGAAAGAUUUGUGCACCAAGGCAGGGUAUUCUGAUAUAAUGAAGGUGUUGUGUGAUCUUCGUCGUUCA